AUGUGGAGGCUAUAUACAGGUACCGGUACAGAGUCAAUGUGGAGGCUAUAUACAGGGUGUUACGGUACAGAGUCAAUGUGGAGGCUAUAUACAGGGGGUACUGGUACAGAGUCAAUGUGGAGACUAUAUACAGGGGGUACCGGGACAGAGUCAAUGUGGAGGCUAUAUACAGGGUGUUACGGUACAGGGUCAAUGUGGAGGCUAUAUACAGGGGUUACCUGUACAGAGUCAAUGUGGAGGCUAUAUACAGGGGGUACUGGUACAGAGUCAAUGUGGAGGAUAUAUACAGGGGGUACUGGUACAGAGUCAAUGUGGAGGCUAUAUACAGGAGGUACCGGUACAGAGUCAAUGUGGAGACUAUAUACAGGGGGUACUGGUACAGAGUCAAUGUGGAGACUAUAUACAGGGGGUACUGGUACAGAGUCAAUGUGGAGGCUAUAUACAGGGGGUACCGGUACAGAGUCAAUGUGGAGACUAUAUACAGGGGGUACUGGUACAGAGUCAAUGUGGAGGCUAUAUACAGGGGUUACCUGUACAGAGUCAAUGUGGAGGCUAUAUACAGGGGUUACCUGUACAGAGUCAAUGUGGAGGAUAUAUACAGGGGUUACCUGUACAGAGUCAAUGUGGAGGCUAUAUACAGGGGGUACCGGUACAGAGUCAAUGUGGAGGAUAUAUACAGGGGUUACCUGUACAGAGUCAAUGUGGAGACUAUAUACAGGGGGUACUGGUACAGAGUCAAUGUGGAGACUAUAUACAGGGGGUACUGGUACAGAGUCAAUGUGGAGGCUAUAUACAGGGGGUACUGGUACAGAGUCAAUGUGGAGGCUAUAUACAGGGGGUACUGGUACAGAGUCAAUGUGGAGACUAUAUACAGGGGGUACCGGUACAGAGUCAAUGUGGAGACUAUAUACAGGGGGUACUGGUACAGAGUCAAUGUGGAGGCUAUAUACAGGGGUUACCUGUACAGAGUCAAUGUGGAGGCUAUAUACAGGGGUUACCUGUACAGAGUCAAUGUGGAGGAUAUAUACAGGGUGUACCGGUACAGAGUCAAUGUGGAGGCUAUAUACAGGGGGGUACCGGUACAGAGUCAAUGUGGAGGCUAUAUACAGGUACCGGUACAGAGUCAAUGUGGAGGCUAUAUACAGGGUGUUACGGUACAGAGUCAAUGUGGAGGCUAUAUACAGGGGGUACCGGGACAGAGUCAAUGUGGAGGCUAUAUACAGGGUGUUACGGUACAGGGUCAAUGUGGAGGCUAUAUACAGGGGUUACCUGUACAGAGUCAAUGUGGAGGCUAUAUACAGGGGGUACUGGUACAGAGUCAAUGUGGAGGAUAUAUACAGGGGGUACUGGUACAGAGUCAAUGUGGAGGCUAUAUACAGGAGGUACCGGUACAGAGUCAAUGUGGAGACUAUAUACAGGGGGUACUGGUACAGAGUCAAUGUGGAGACUAUAUACAGGGGGUACUGGUACAGAGUCAAUGUGGAGGCUAUAUACAGGGGGUACCGGUACAGAGUCAAUGUGGAGACUAUAUACAGGGGGUACUGGUACAGAGUCAAUGUGGAGGCUAUAUACAGGGGUUACCUGUACAGAGUCAAUGUGGAGGCUAUAUACAGGGGUUACCUGUACAGAGUCAAUGUGGAGGAUAUAUACAGGGGUUACCUGUACAGAGUCAAUGUGGAGGCUAUAUACAGGGGGUACCGGUACAGAGUCAAUGUGGAGGAUAUAUACAGGGGUUACCUGUACAGAGUCAAUGUGGAGACUAUAUACAGGGGGUACUGGUACAGAGUCAAUGUGGAGACUAUAUACAGGGGGUACUGGUACAGAGUCAAUGUGGAGGCUAUAUACAGGGGGUACUGGUACAGAGUCAAUGUGGAGGCUAUAUACAGGGGGUACUGGUACAGAGUCAAUGUGGAGACUAUAUACAGGGGGUACCGGUACAGAGUCAAUGUGGAGACUAUAUACAGGGGGUACCGGUACAGAGUCAAUGUGGAGGCUAUAUACAGGGGUUACCUGUACAGAGUCAAUGUGGAGGCUAUAUACAGGGGUUACCUGUACAGAGUCAAUGUGGAGGCUAUAUACAGGGUGUACCGGUACAGAGUCAAUGUGGAGGCUAUAUACAGGGUGUUACGGUACAGAGUCAAUGUGGAGGCUAUAUACAGGGGGUACCGGUACAGAGUCAAUGUGGAGGCUAUAUACAGGGGGUACCGGUACAGAGUCAAUGUGGAGGCUAUAUACAGGGUGUUACGGUACAGAGUCAAUGUGGAGGCUAUAUACAGGGUGUACCGGUACAGAGUCAAUGUGGAGGCUAUAUACAGGGGUUACCUGUACAGAGUCAAUGUGGAGGCUAUAUACAGGGUGUACCGGUACAGAGUCAAUGUGGAGGCUAUAUACAGGGGGGUACCGGUACAGAGUCAAUGUGGAGGCUAUAUACAGGUACCGGUACAGAGUCAAUGUGGAGGCUAUAUACAGGGUGUUACGGUACAGAGUCAAUGUGGAGGCUAUAUACAGGGGGUACUGGUACAGAGUCAAUGUGGAGACUAUAUACAGGGGGUACCGGGACAGAGUCAAUGUGGAGGCUAUAUACAGGGUGUUACGGUACAGGGUCAAUGUGGAGGCUAUAUACAGGGGUUACCUGUACAGAGUCAAUGUGGAGGCUAUAUACAGGGGGUACUGGUACAGAGUCAAUGUGGAGGAUAUAUACAGGGGUUACCUGUACAGAGUCAAUGUGGAGGCUAUAUACAGGGGGUACCGGUACAGAGUCAAUGUGGAGGAUAUAUACAGGGGUUACCUGUACAGAGUCAAUGUGGAGACUAUAUACAGGGGGUACUGGUACAGAGUCAAUGUGGAGACUAUAUACAGGGGGUACUGGUACAGAGUCAAUGUGGAGGCUAUAUACAGGGGGUGCUGGUACAGAGUCAAUGUGGAGGCUAUAUACAGGGGGUACUGGUACAGAGUCAAUGUGGAGACUAUAUACAGGGGGUACCGGUACAGAGUCAAUGUGGAGACUAUAUACAGGGGGUACUGGUACAGAGUCAAUGUGGAGGCUAUAUACAGGGGUUACCUGUACAGAGUCAAUGUGGAGGCUAUAUACAGGGGUUACCUGUACAGAGUCAAUGUGGAGGAUAUAUACAGGGGUUACCUGUACAGAGUCAAUGUGGAGGCUAUAUACAGGGGGUACCGGUACAGAGUCAAUGUGGAGGCUAUAUACAGGGGUUACCUGUACAGAGUCAAUGUGGAGGCUAUAUACAGGGGUUACCUGUACAGAGUCAAUGUGGAGGCUAUAUACAGGGUGUACCGGUACAGAGUCAAUGUGGAGGCUAUAUACAGGGUGUUACGGUACAGAGUCAAUGUGGAGGCUAUAUACAGGGGGUACCGGUACAGAGUCAAUGUGGAGGCUAUAUACAGGGGGUACCGGUACAGAGUCAAUGUGGAGGCUAUAUACAGGGUGUUACGGUACAGAGUCAAUGUGGAGGCUAUAUACAGGGUGUACCGGUACAGAGUCAAUGAGGAGGCUAUAUACAGGGGGUACCGGUACAGAGUAAAUGUGGAGGCUAUAUACAGGGGGUACCGGUACAGAGUCAAUGUGGAGGCUAUAUACAGGGGGUACCGGUACAGAGUCAAUGUGGAGGCUAUAUACAGGGUGUUACGGUACAGAGUCAAUGUGGAGGCUAUAUACAGGGGGUACCGGUACAGAGUCAAUGUGGAGGCUAUAUACAGGGGGUACCGGUACAGAGUAAAUGUGGAGGCUAUAUACAGGGGGUACUGGUACAGAGUCAAUGUGGAGGCUAUAUACAGGGGGGUACCGGUACAGAGUCAAUGUGGAGGCUAUAUACAGGGGGGUACCGGUACAGAGUCAAUGUGGAGGCUAUAUACAGGGGGUACUGGUACAGAGUCAAUGUGGAGGCUAUAUACAGGGGGUACCGGUACAGAGUCAAUGUGGAGGCUAUAUACAGGGUAUUACGGUACAGAGUCAAUGUGGAGGCUAUAUACAGGUACCGGUACAGAGUCAAUGUGGAGGCUAUAUACAGGGUGUUACGGUACAGAGUCAAUGUGGAGGCUAUAUACAGGGGGUACUGGUACAGAGUCAAUGUGGAGGCUAUAUACAGGGGGUACCGGUACAGAGUCAAUGUGGAGGCUAUAUACAGGGGGUACUGGUACAGAGUCAAUGUGGAGGCUAUAUACAGGGGGUACUGGUACAGAGUCAAUGUGGAGGCUAUAUACAGGGUGUUACGGUACAGAGUCAAUGUGGAGGCUAUAUACAGGGUGUUACGGUACAGAGUCAAUGUGGAGGCUAUAUACAGGGGGUACUGGUACAGAGUCAAUGUGGAGGCUAUAUAUAGGGGGUACCGGUACAGAGUCAAUGUGGAGGCUAUAUACAGGGUAUUAAGGUACAGAGUCAAUGUGGAGGCUAUAUACAGGGGGUACCGGUACAGAGUCAAUGUGGAGGCUAUAUACAGGGUGUUACGGUACAGAGUCAAUGUGGAGGCUAUAUACAGGGGGUACCGGUACAGAGUCAAUGUGGAGGCUAUAUACAGGGGGUACUGGUACAGAGUCAAUGUGGAGGCUAUAUACAGGGGGUACUGGUACAGAGUCAAUGUGGAGGCUAUAUACAGGGGGUACCGGUACAGAGUCAAUGUGGAGACUAUAUACAGGGUGUUACGGUACAGAGUCAAUGUGGAGGCUAUAUACAGGGGGUACCGGUACAGAGUCAAUGUGGAGGCUAUAUACAGGGGGUACCGGUACAGAGUCAAUGUGGAGGCUAUAUACAGGGGGUACUGGUACAGAGUCAAUGUGCAGGGGCACCGGUGUCGAGGUAAUAUGUACAUGUAGGUAGCGUUAAAGUGAUUAUGCAUAGAUAACAGAGUAUCAGCAGCUUAGAAGAGGAGGGGGGGGUGGGAAAUUCAGAAAGUCUGGGUAGCCAUUUGAUUAGAUGUUCAGGAGUCUUAUGGCUUGGGGGUAGAAGCUGUUUAGAAGCCUCUUGGACCUAGACUUGGCGCUCCGGUACCGCUUGCCGUGCGGUAGCAGAGAGAACAGUCUAUGACUAGGUUGGCUGGAGUCUUUAACAAUUUUAGGGCCUUCCUCUGACACCGCCUGGUAUAGAGGUCCUGGAUGGCAGGAAGCUUGGCCCCAGUGAUGUACUGGGCCGUACGCACUACCCUCUGUAGAGCCUUACGGUCGGAUGCUGAGUAGUUGACAAACCAGGCAGUGAUGCAACCGGUCAGGAUGCUCUCGAUGGUUGCAGCUGUACAAUUUUGAGGAUCUGUGGACCCAUGCCAAAUCUUUCCAGUCUCCUGAGGGGGGAAUAGGUGUUGUCGUGCCCUCUUCACAACUGUCUUGGUGUGUUUGGACCAUGAUAGUUUGUUGGUGAUGUGGACACCAAGGAACUUGAAACUCUCGACCCGCUCCACUACAGCCCCGUCGAUGUUAAUGGGGGCCUGUUCAGCCCUCCUUUUCCUGUAGUCCACGAUCAGCUCCUUUGUCUUGAUCACAUUGAGUGAGAGGUUGUUGUCCUGGCACCACAUUGCCAGGUCUCUGACCUCCUCCCUAUAGGCUGUCUCAUCGUUGUCAGGUCUCUGACCUCCUCCCUAUAGGCUGUCUCAUCGUUGUCAGGUCUCUGACCUCCUCCCUGUAGGCUGUCUCAUCGUUGUCAGGUCUCUGACCUCCUCCCUAUAGGCUGUCUCAUCGUUGUCAGGCUGUCUCAUCGUUGUCAGGUCUCUGACCUCCUCCCUAUAGGCUGUCUCAUCGUUGUCAGGUCUCUGACCUCCUCCCUAUAGGCUGUCUCAUCGUUGUCAGGUCUCUGACCUCCUCCCUAUAGGCUGUCUCAUCGUUGCCAGGUCUCUGACCUCCUCCCUAUAGGCUGUCUCAUCUUUGUCAGGUCUCUGACCUCCUCCCUAUAGGCUGUCUCAUCGUUGUCAGGUCUCUGACCUCCUCCCUAUAGGCUGUCUCAUCGUUGUCAGGUCUCUGACCUCCUCCCUAUAGGCUGUCUCAUCGUUGUCAGGUCUCUGACCUCCUCCCUAUAGGCUGUCUCAUCGUUGUCAGGUCUCUGACCUCCUCCCUAUAGGCUGUCUCAUCGUUGUCAGGUCUCUGAUCUCCUCCCUAUAGGCUGUCUCAUCGUUGUCAGGUCUCUGACCUCCUCCCUAAAGGCUGUCUCAUCGUUGCCAGGUCUCUGACCUCCUCCCUAUAGGCUGUCUCAUCGUUGUCAGGUCUCUGACCUCCUCCCUAUAGGCUGUCUCAUCGUUGUCAGGUCUCUGACCUCCUCCCUAUAGGCUGUCUCAUCGUUGUCAGGUCUCUGACCUUCUCCCUAUAGACUGUCUCAUCGUUGUCAGGUCUCUGACCUCCUCCCUAUAGGCUGUCUCAUCGUUGUCAGGUCUCUGACCUCCUCCCUAUAGGCUGUCUCAUCGUUGUCAGGUCUCUGACCUCCUCCCUAUUGGCUGUCUCAUCGUUGUCUCUGACCUCCUCCCUAUAGGCUGUCUCAUCGUUGUCUCUGACCUCCUCCCUAUAGGCUGUCUCAUCGUUGUCAGGUCUCUGACCUCCUCCCUAUAGGCUGUCUCAUCGUUGUCAGGUCUCUGAUCUCCUCCCUAUAGGCUGUCUCAUCGUUGUCAGGUCUCUGACCUCCUCCCUAUAGGCUGUCUCAUCGUUGUCAGGUCUCUCCUCCCUAUAGGCUGUCUCAUCGUUGUCAGGUCUCUGACCUCCUCCCUAUAGGCUGUCUCAUCGUUGUCAGGUCACUGACCUCCUCCCUAUAGGCUGUCUCAUCGUUGUCAGUUCUCUCCUCCCUAUAGGCUGUCUCAUCGUUGUCAGGUCUCUGACCUCCUCCCUAUAGGCUGUCUCAUCGUUGUCAGGCUGUCUCAUCGUUGUCAGGUCACUGACCUCCUCCCUAUAGGCUGUCUCAUCGUUGUCAGGUCUCUGACCUCCUCCCUAUAGGCUGUCUCAUCGUUGUCAGGUCUCUGCCCUCCUCCCUAUAGGCUGUCUCAUCGUUGUCAGGUCUCUGACCUCCUCCCUAUAGGCUGUCUCAUCGUUGUCAGGUCUCUGACCUCCUCCCUAUUGGCUGUCUCAUCGUUAUCAGGUCUCUGACCGCCUCCCUAAAGGCUGUCUCAUCAUUGUCGGUGAGCAGGCCUGUUGACACUGUUGUGUCGUCUGCAAACUUAAUGAUGGUGUUGGAGUCGUGCUUGGCCAUGCAGUCGUGGGUGAACAGGGAGUACAGGAGGGGACUGAGUACCACCCCUGAGGGGCCCCAGUGUUGAGGAUCAAUGAAUUGCAAAAAUCACUGAAGCUGGAGUCUUAUAUCUCCCUCACUAACUUUAAGCAUCAGCUGUCAGAGCAGCUUACCGAUCACUGCACCUGUACACAUCUGUAAACAGCCCAUCCAACUACCUCAUCCCCAUAUUGUUAUUUAUCUUCUUGCUCCUUUGCACACCAGUAUCUCUACUUGCACAUUCAUCUUCUGCACAUCUAUCACUCCAGAAUUAAUGUUAAAUUGUAAUUACUUCACCACUUUGACCUAUGUAUUGCCUUAUCUCCCUUAUGUUACCUCAUUUGCACACACUGUACAUAGAUUUUUCUAUUGUGUUAUUGACUGUACGUUCGUUUAUGUGUAACUCUGUGUUGUUGUUUGUGUCAAACUGCUUUGCUUUAUCUUGGCCAGGUCGCAGUUGUAAAUGAGAACUUGUUCUCAACUAGCCUACCUGGUUAAAUAAAGGUGAAAUUAAUAAAUAAAAGUCUACACCUGUUGUAUUCGGCGCAUGUGACAAAUAACAUUUGAUU